AUGCCACUACCAGUGGAGUUUGAGCACAAAGCGUACUGGGCAUUGAAGCAGUUAAACAUGGACCUCGAAAAGACUGGAGUAACAAGAGUACAACAGCUACAUGAGUUAGAGAAAUUUAGAAGAGAUGGAUAUGAGAAUGCAUCCAUUUACAAGGAAAGGACAAAGCAAUGGUCCAGUCCUUUUACGGUCUCUCAGGUGUUUCCCUACGGGAUAGUUGAAUUACACCUUCCAACUAAAGGAAAUUUCAAAGUAAAUGGCCAACGCAUCAAGCAUUAUGUGGAAGAUUUCCCCACCGCUAAAGAGAGUCUUGACCUAGCUGUUCCCGAAUAA